ACAAAAUCGUAUCUCGUACAAUUCCCCUUUCAGACAAAACAUCCUAUAAUAAGCCGACACAUGUGAAUCCACCAUUGCUCCUUUGCUUACAUUCGAAGCACAAAAAAGGAAACCACUCAAGGCAGCUGAUGAGAUGAGAUCGGAGACGUUGACUCUCGUCCUGGUCAAUCUGGCCGGAAUCAUGGAACGCGCCGACGAAUCUCUCCUCCCCGGAGUCUACAAGGAAGUCGGCGCCGCGCUGCAUGCGGACCCCACCCGCCUCGGCUCCCUCACCCUCUUCAGAUCCAUCGUCCAGUCCUCCUGCUACCCCCUCGCCGCCUACCUCGCCGUCCGCCACAAUCGCACCUCCGUCAUCGCCGCCGGCGCUUUCCUCUGGGCCGCCGCCACUUUCCUCGUCGCCAUCUCCUCCACCUUCGCUCAGGUGGCAAUCUCAAGAGGUCUGAAUGGGAUAGGCCUUGCCAUAGUCACACCAGCAAUCCAGUCUCUCGUAGCCGACUCGACCGAUGACACGAAUCGUGGCACCGCGUUCGGUUGGCUGCAGUUGACAGGAAACUUCGGCUCCAUCAUCGGUGGCCUCCUCUCCGUCCUCAUAGCCUCCACCACGGUCAUGGGGAUCCCCGGUUGGAGGAUCGCGUUCCACCUCGUUGCAAUAUUAAGCGUCGUGAUCGGUGCAUUAGUCCAUCUCUUCGCCAACGAUCCCCGGUUUACUGACAGCGAUGGCAAGAGGAAGGAGCAGCCUCCACACAAGCCGUUUAAGGAGGAAGUGAAGGAGCUCGUUAAGGAAGCGAAGGCAGUGAUGAAAGUACCUUCGUUCCAGAUAUUGGUUGCUCAGGGCGUCUCUGGCUCAUUCCCGUGGUCAUCUCUGUCGUUUGCUCCUAUGUGGCUCGAGCUCAUGGGGUUCUCUCACAAGAAAACAGCAACUAUCUUGACAUUGUUCAACGUUGCUGGAUCACUCGGGGGUUUGUUUGGGGGGAAGAUGGGCGACACGCUUGCUAAGCCGUUGCCAAAUGCUGGUAGGAUUAUACUCUCGCAGAUAAGCUCUGGCUCGGCCAUCCCGUUAGCUGCGAUUUUGCUGCUCGGAUUGCCCGAUGACCCUUCCUCUGCAGCUAUGCACGGCUUCGUGUUCUUUGUCACCGGUUUCUUCAUCUCCUGGAAUGCUCCGGCUACUAACAAUCCGAUUUUCGCGGAAAUAGUGCCAGAGAGGGCUCGAACGAACAUCUAUGCUUUGGACAGAUCGUUCGAGUCUAUCCUAGCUUCGUUCGCUCCACCUGUGGUGGGGAUUCUAGCUCAGAACGUGUACGGAUACAAGCCUGUCCCGACAGGGGCGGUGGACUCGAAAGCAAUAGAAACGGAUCGAGAGAAUGCUGCCUCGCUUGGCAAGGCACUUUACACCGCAAUAAGCAUCCCUAUGGCGAUCUGCUGCGCGUUCUACUCGUUUCUCUACUGCACGUAUCCGAGGGACAGGGACCGGGCGAGAAUGGAGGCCUUGAUCGAGUCAGAAAUGAUGGACAUCGAAGCAGAAAAUGCUGGUUUAGUGGAGGAACGCCCUCAGCUUCGCGUUGUGGAGAACGACAGUGUGGAGGAGAGGAGCGUGAUCGAUGUGGAUUAUGAAGGAGGGUCGAGCAUUGAGUUUGAUGAGAACGACGAGCAGAGACUGCUCGCCCGCGAGCUUGCGUUGUCCGAUUCUUCAACGGUUGCCUUCAAGAGGUAGAUUUUUAGACAGCAUCAGAUAUAUAUAGGAAACUAUGUUAUUGGUAGCAACAUAUAUACUUCAUUUAUUCAGCAGGAGUCUUUCCACGGUGUGUUGAAAAUCUUGUGUAUCUCUUAAAGAAUAACGGCAUUUUUGAAUGAUUUUGGAAUAUGAUUUGAGGUGUUUGAAUAA